UUCUGCAUUUGGUUUGAAAUGCUGGGACUUGGAACUGGUUUUGGUCAAGUCUUUGCAGUUGAUCUGAUUCUUUUAGACUAGGCCUUAAUUAGGUUGUCUCUUUUUACAUUUUAGUCUCUGGGUUUUAAGGUUUCCUGCUUUGUUACUAUGUUGAGGUUGUUUAGUGGUUUUAGACCUGAAAUGGGGGUUUAGAAUCUCAAUCUUUGUAGAAGUCUUGGCCAUAUUGAGAAAUUUCAGUUCUUCGUGUUCUGUGCUUCAUUUCAGUUCAGUUGAGAGGUCAAAAAUGGCUCCAAAUAUAAAUUUUUCUAAAUGGUGGGGAAAGGACUGCAAUUCAAGUAAGGGGACUCCAGUGGUGGUGACCAUGGAGAACCCCAAUUACUCUUUGCUUGAGAUAAAUAGUCCUGAUGAAGUGUUCAUGCCAGUUGAUAAGGACAGAGGCAAGAAUGCUAAGCAGUUUACAUGGGUUUUGCUUCUCAAGGCUCAUAAAGCUGUUGGCUGUGUUACUUGGCUUGGGAAUGUGCUUUGGGACUUGCUUGGUGCCGCUAAGAAAAGAUUGGUUUUUGGGCAGAUGGAGAAUGAGAAAUCUAGUAAAGGAAGGAUCUUGUAUAGAGUCAUUAUGGGGUUCCUAGUGAUGGCUUUGGCUUUUCUGGCUUUUGAAGUGGUUGCUCACUUGAAAGGUUGGCAUUACUUUGAGAACAGCAGCUUACACAUCCCUGAGACUUUGGAGAUUAGAGGAUGGCUUCACUUGGUUUAUGUGGCAUGGUUGGAGUUCAGAGCUGACUGCAUUGCACCUGCAAUUCAAGCUUUGACUAACUUCUGUAUUGCUCUCUUCUUGAUCCAAUCCGCGGACCGUAUGCUGCUUUGUUUAGGGUGCUUCUGGAUCAAGUUUAAGAAGAUUAAGCCAAGAAUUGAAGAAGUUCCAUACAAGCCAGACGAUUUGGAAGGUUCAGGUUGCAACUACCCCAAGGUUCUUGUUCAAAUUCCAAUGUGUAAUGAGAGAGAGGUAUAUGAACAAUCUAUUUCAGCAGUAUGCCAACUUGAUUGGCCUAAAGAACGCCUUCUGAUUCAAGUUCUGGAUGAUUCUGAUGAUGAGAGCAUACAGUGGUUAAUUAAGGGAGAGGUAACUCAGUGGAGCCAAAAGGGUGUCAAUAUAAUCUACCGGCAUCGUUUGGUUAGAACUGGUUAUAAAGCUGGGAAUCUCAAGUCUGCAAUGAACUGUGAUUAUGUGAAGGACUAUGAGUUUGUUGCAAUCUUUGAUGCUGAUUUCCAACCAAAACCUGACUUCCUUAAGCUGACAGUUCCCCAUUUUAAGGACAAUCCUGAGCUUGGGUUAGUUCAGGCUAGGUGGGCCUUUGUUAACAAGGACGAAAACUUGUUGACACGCCUCCAAAACAUCAAUUUGUGCUUCCACUUUGAGGUGGAACAGCAGGUUAAUGGGUUUUUCCUCAAUUUCUUUGGCUUCAAUGGUACUGCUGGAGUUUGGAGAGUCGAAGCACUUGAAGACUCUGGAGGUUGGCUCGAGCGCACAACAGUUGAAGACAUGGAUAUAGCAGUUCGUGCCCAUUUAAAUGGUUGGAAGUUCAUAUUCCUUAAUGAUGUCAAGGUCCUCUGUGAACUUCCCGAGUCUUAUGAGGCUUACAAGAAACAGCAACACCGGUGGCAUUCUGGUCCAAUGCAUCUCUUCCGAUUGUGCCUCCCUGCAAUAAUUAAUUCAAAGAUGAUGUUCUGGAAGAAGGCAAACUUGAUACUACUAUUCUUUCUCCUUAGGAAGUUAAUCCUCCCAUUUUACUCUUUCACAUUGUUUUGCAUAAUACUUCCUUUGACCAUGUUUGUCCCUGAAGCUGAGCUAUCCAUGUGGGUUAUAUGCUACGUGCCCGUUUUUAUGUCAUUCAUGAAUAUUCUUCCUUCUCCUAGAUCUUUUCCCUUCAUAGUCCCCUACCUACUGUUUGAAAACACAAUGUCUGUGACCAAAUUCAAUGCCAUGGUAUCUGGGUUGUUCCAGCUGGGGAGUUCAUAUGAAUGGAUUGUAACCAAGAAGGCCGGACGAUCAUCAGAAUCUGACCUUUUAGCUGUAGAGGAGAGGGAAACAAAAGCCAUGAACCACCCACAACUUCAUAGAGGAACUUCUGACAGUGGUCUUUCUGAGCUCAACAAGUUAAGGGAGCAUCAAGAAGCUGCUUCUCCUAAACCUCCUGUAAAGAAAUUAAACAAGAUCUACAAGAAAGAGCUAGCACUUGCUUUCCUACUGCUCACUGCUGCAGGCAGAAGUCUUCUAUCAGCUCAAGGGGUACAUUUUUACUUCCUACUAUUUCAAGGCAUAUCAUUUUUACUGGUGGGUCUUGACCUAAUUGGUGAGCAGAUGAGCUAGUUAAUAUUCGCGUGGAAUGUUAAUGGUAAAGAUAAAAAAAUAAAGGGUGAAUAAGAGAUGCCAAAUUAAUGUGGUUUUCUGCUUGGUGCUCAAAAUUGGCACACCAGGGUUGAUGCAAAGAGCUUCUUCUCAUUAGAAUUGCCCAUAUAGAUUUGCCCAUAGCCUCACACCAUCAGCUUAUUUCCUCUUUUUGGUUCUUAAACCAUCGAUUUCUGUAUGCAUGUUAUUCUUAGAUGAGAUAAUGGAUUCCUAUAGCAGAUAGGUUGAUUGAUGUAGGAAAGUGUUGUUUUUAUGCCAAAAUCUACAAUUGUAAAAACUCUGUAUAUUGCACCAGUUGAUUGUAUACCAAGAUUAUAUCU